GUCAGUUCUUCUCCGAUCGACAUUUGCGAGCAAAAUGGCGUCUAAAAAGCAGGAUGGUGAUGUCGAAGCUCUUAGGCAGUGCGAAGUCUAUGUGGAAAAACAUAAUAUCCAAGCUAUUCUUAAAGACUGUAUCGUGCAAUUAUGUAUCAAGAAGCCAGACAACCCUCACAAGUUUUUUCGGGAGUAUUUCGAAAAGCUGGAAAAGGAGCACGAAGCAGACUCGCAGGAACGUGGCGAACCCGAAGAAAAACUAGAAAUUGAAGAUCAUCCAGGUCCUGUUGGCGUUCCCAGAAAACGCCGCGGAGCUGUUAGUGCUGGACCUAUUACUGAAGACGAAGCCACGUCUUACGUGAAAAAGGUCGUACCGAAAGACUACAAAACUAUGGCCGCCCUGUCGAAGGCAAUCGCGAAGAAUAUCCUAUUUUCUCACCUGGACGAAAAUGAAAGGAGCGAUAUUUUCGAUGCAAUGUCUCUGGUUAAACACAGUGCAGGGGAGAUUGUUAUUCAGCAAGGGGACGAAGGCGAUAACUUUUACAUCAUUGACAGUGGUGAAGUCGAUGUGUUUGUCAGUGAUGAAUAUGUGUCUACCAUUGGAGAAGGAGGCAGUUUUGGUGAAUUAGCCUUAAUUUAUGGCACACCAAGAGCAGCUACCAUAAAGUCGCGAACUGAUGUAAAGCUUUGGGCUAUUGACCGAGUAACCUACCGCCGUAUAUUGAUGGGUAGCCAGAUCCGUAAGAGAAAAAUGUAUGAACAGUUCCUGGAGAAAGUCAGUAUUCUUGAAUCCCUUGAUAAAUGGGAACGUCUCACAGUGGCUGAUGCACUGGAAGCAGUUACUUAUGAGGAUAAUGAAAAUGUUGUAGUCCAAGGAGAGCAUGGGGAUGAAUUUUACAUUAUUGUUGAUGGGGUAGCUGUGGUCCUGCAGCGGAGGUCACCAAAUGAAGAUUAUAUCGAGGUCAGCCGGCUAGGACAAUCAGACUACUUUGGUGAAAUUGCCCUGGUUCUUAAUCGUCCUCGUGCUGCAACAGUCCGGGCAAAAGGAACCCUUAAGUGUGUCAAACUUGACAGGCAGCGUUUUGAAAGAGUGCUGGGUCCCUGUAUCGACAUCCUCAAGAGAAAUAUCCAGCAGUAUAACAGCUUUGUUUCUUUAGUGGUGUAAUUGACUGAGUGGUCAACUACAGAUUGUAAAAAUGUAGCAGUGGCAGUGUAACAGAUAAGAUGAUUAUGUGAGUGGUAAAUAAACUAAAAUGUGUAUACUUCAGUCUACAUGCAAGAGAUUAUGAUACUGCAGUAGUGAGUUUAGAUGCAAUAUAUCUUAGCAUGGUUAAGUUAUACAUAUCUCGCCUCGGGCUAAGAAUUUUUUUUCAGCUGGAUACACUGCAAGUCCUCUCCAGUCUUGAUUAUGUUUGCCUGUUGAAGAUUUUCGAUACCUUUCUUCUGUAUCUUUAAGUUAGGGUUGCUCCAAAAAGAUGAAGAUCAAUCAACAGGUAAUUUAUUAAAAUUCUUUUUCAUCAUAGAAAAAUUUGCCCAAUCAAUUAAAAGGAAGAAAUUUUCUGCAAACAUUGAGAUUAUAUCGAUUCUAAAUUACUCUUGAUCAAGCUUUUGAUACUUAUAUUAUUGUAGUCACUGAAAGGAAUAAAAUACCUGGACUGUGUUUUUAAUUUCUGGAUUGCAAGUUGGUAAUAGUGUCUUACUUUAAAAGUUGCCCAUUGUACCAAGAUCAUAUCCUUUUCUUCUCUAAGUUUGGUUGUUUAGUGAAUGGUAUUUAUUUAUAGUUAUGUGGGUUGUCAAAACAUGAUAAAGUGCCAUGUAAUUAAGUAAUUGUAAGAAUGACAAUUAAACAUUGCAGUGAACUUAA